AUGGAUACUGGUAAGUUAAUUCACAAUAAGAAAUUAGAACCAAGAAUUGUUUGCUUAGCUCCUUUUGCCAAGUCCUGUGGUCCUAUGCCUAUUGAUAUUGUCGAUGCAUUGUGCCCUCCUAUGGUUAAUCAAGGUCAUUGUGCUGAGUUUGAUGAUUCUUUGCCUUUUGACAAUGUCAAAUCAUUACUUCCUCUGAUUUCUAAAGAAGAUAUUGUGUCGACGGAAGUUAUUUCAGCUCAUCUUGAACCUGAUUUAAAGAGUGUGUCCCAGAUAGAAACUAAUAUACAUUCUAUGUUUGUUGUCCAUGCACUGGGAACAUUUAUAGUUGAAUGGGAUGAAAGGAAACUGAUUUAUAAUGAUAUUUUCGCAACGAAACAAUCGGCGCAAAGGUAUGCUGAGCGUUUAUCAGAGCUUGCAGUUGCUUUGGGAUUUGAUGGCUGGAUGAUUAAUAUUGAAGAAAAAUUGGAUGUGAAGCAAAUUCCAAACAUGAAAGAAUUUGUUAAUCAUCUGACAAAAACGAUGCACUCCUCCAUGCCUGGAUAUUUAGUGAUAUGGUAUGAAAGUGUGACUAUAGAUGGUGAUCUCUACUGGCAAGAUCAACUUAAUGAAAAGAACAAACCUUAUUUUGAUCUAUGUGAUGGUAUUUUUGUAAACUAUACAUGGAAGGAAGACUAUCCAAAGCUUUCAGCUGAAGUUGUUGGUGAGAGGAAAUAUGAUGUCUACAUGGGGAUCGAUAUUUUCAGGAGGAAUACUUUUGGUGGUGGUCAGUGGACGACUUAUAUUGCAAUUGAUGUGCUAAAAAAGGACGAUGUGUCAGCUGCCAUUUUUGCUCCUGGAUGGGCCUAUGAAACCAAGGAACCGCCUAAUUUCCAAACUGCUGAAAAUCUUUGGUGGGGACUUGUUGAGAAAUCAUGGGGAGUACUUCAACGCUACCCAACAUCACUACCCUUUUAUUCAAACUUUGAUCAGGGUCAUGAUUAUCAUUUCUCGGUUGAUGGAAAGCAAGUGUCAAAGGAUCCAUGUUGUAACAUUUUCUGCCAGACCUUUCAGCUUGUCCUUGAAAGUUCUGAGGAAUCCUUGUUAAACCCCAUACAAGUGACUGUUGAUUUCAAAGGUGCAUCUUAUAAUGGAGGAGGGAGCAUCUUAGCUGAGGAAAACCUAGGCGACAAGGUGGGGGUUCUUAUCACAGGCCUUGCAUCAUUGUGCAACAUAGUGAAGGAUAUGCAAUCUUCAAUGCCAGCAUCAAUUGCCUCAAACAUCACCAUCACCUCAAGAGAAUUAGCCGUCAACUGUCAUCAAGGGAAAAAUAGUUUACCUCAAUCAGGUUCACAUGCUGCGACAAGUUUACCUGUUGGAAAUAUGGUAUCACCAGCUUCAUCAGCAGUUUGUGAAAUGAAAAAAUGUUCAUUGUUGAACAUAGAGGAUGAAGUAAUUGUAGUUGGUAAGCUUUGUACUGGUGCUUCAGGACGUAUGUUUCACGGAGAAGUCGUACCUGAAAGUCAUGUCAAGGGUGGUCUUCGUGGUGCUAUGAGCUUGACUGAAAAGAUGUUCCCAGUAGUUGUACUUCCAGAUAUUAUUAAAGCAUAA